AUGUCGUGGCAGGUCUUUGCGGAAGCGGACAUGUUGAAAAGGGAGCUAUCUACAAUUUGGAGGGAAACUCUUGCUGGGCCACCAGCCCUGACUUCCGCGAGAGAUAUGUUCUUACAAAGGUGGAUGAGGAGACUAAAGUUCUCUUUGCUAGAAAAGGGUAAAGAUGGUCUCGUCAUCGGUAAAACCGUCCAAGCAAUUGUCAUAGCUCGAUACGUCGACCCAAUGAUCGCAGGAAACACCUCGGAGACUGUUCAAAAAUUGGUCGAUUAUCUUGUUAAAGUUGGCUACUAA